AAACUGGAUUAACAGCAGCAUUACUGAACCCACGAAGCAAAUCAUUAUCAUUUGUAUCAUUAUAUGAUGCACAAAGAACUUUUAACAAUUUGCGAGCAUUUUUUAAUAAUUCAAAUAAUGUUAAUACUAAUACAUUUGUUACACAACAAAAAACUCAAAUGGUUCUUUACUUUCAUACAUCACUUAUUGAAGAUUUUUACACUGUUAUUUUGUCAACCUCAUCAAGAUAUAAAUAUGACGGCCAAUAUAAAACUCGGUUAUAUCAAGUUGGGUACAUGAUUUUUAGCCGACAAUUAGAACCAUUAGGAACUGAUGAUUUUCUCAAUCUUGACAUAAUUUCAAUAUUGAAUUUCAAUAGGCAAAUUUUUAUUUCUUUACAAAAUGCUGGUACUCAAUAA